AUGCACUCGAGAAUGGAUGCCCAGUCGGAAAUCGUUGAUGUCUCAGAGUCUGCGUCUGGCAAUGUGGCGAAGAUCGCUCUGGACGACAUGUAUGAGGAUGGAACUGUAGACCCCGUCUAUCAGGCGAAAGCUCGCGUGCUGAACAAUGCGAUUCAAGAGAUCGGUAUGGGCAAGUAUCAGAUUCAUCUCUUCAUCUGCGCUGGUUUUGGCUGGUUUGCUGAUAGUGUCUGGCCGCUUAUCACUGGUCUCAUUUUGACGCAGGUCACCGCGGAGUUCAAGUUCAACGGCCCCCUCCUUACUUUAGCUGCAAACAUCGGUCUAUUAGUGGGUGCGAUUGUUUGGAGUGUAGGUUGUGAUAUAUGGGGAAGAAGGUGGUCAUUCAAUCUGACUUUGCUCAUAGCUGGAGUUUUCGGGCUCUCAGCUGGGGGGUCUCCCAAUUUUAUCACUCUUGCCUCUCUACUAGCAGUUGUCGGUGUGGGCGUAGGGGGUAAUAUGCCUGUAGAUUCGGCUGUGUUCCUCGAUCUCGUUCCUGGCACUCAUCAAUACCUGCUUACCGUGAUGUCUGUCUGGUGGUCUUUGGGACAAUUGCUUUGCAGCCUUCUUGCAUGGCCGCUUAUCGCGAAUUAUUCUUGCCCAGAAGAUGCUUCUGUGUGUGAGCGUUCCCAAAAUAUGGGGUGGCGCUAUCUCCUGUUCACACUAGGAGGGAUUACGUUGUUACUGUGGUGCCUUCGCUUCUUUUUGUUCACUCUCGUUGAAAGUCCGCGCUUCCUUGUAGGCAUUGGAAGAGAUGCUGAAGCGGUUUCCGUUAUUCACAAAGUCGCCAAGUACAACUCUACUUCGACCGGUCUCAGCGUAGAACAGCUAAAUCAGGCAGCAGAACUGAAGCCGGGGAGUGCAAAGAGGCCCAUGCUCAGUCGUACUUCCGUCUAUGGGCUUGAGCACGUGAAGGCUUUGUUUAGUACGCGAAAGGUGGCGAUAUCAACGACGCUUCUGAUCGCACUCUGGGGAAUCAUUGGACUCGCUUCAACCCUCUACAACAGUUUUCUUCCAUACCUGUUGACAAGCCGCGGAGCAGACUUCGGAGAUGGGUCGCUUUUCAUUACUUACAGAAACCAAUUCAUACUUAGCGUUAUUGGCAUUCCCGGAGCUUUCCUUGCUGGGUGGGCUGUAGAGCUGCCACACAUUGGGCGUCGAGGCACUUUGGCGAUCUCAUCGGGCGAGUGGUCUGUUUUUUUGACGCUUCUUUCAUUAUUCAACGACCCCUCGCGAAAGACAGGGCUCACCGGCGCCUUUCUUUUCGCGAGUACCACCGCGCGGAACUCUAAUGCUCUGCUCGGAUGGAACUGCGGAUAUGUGUUCAAUAGUAACAUCAUGUAUGGUGUCCUGUACGCAGUUUCCGCUGAGAUAUUCCCUGCUAAACACCGCGGUACGGGAAAUGGCUUGGUGUCUACAGCUACUCGCGUCUUUGGUGUCAUCGCCCCGAUCAUUGCUUUGUAUGCAGACAUUGCAACCUCAGUUCCUGUGUACAUUGCAGGCGCGCUCAUCCUUUUCGCGGGAGCCCUGGCGAUGCUUCUCCCCUAUGAGCCGAGGGGUAAAGCGUCUAUCUAG